AUGACAUCGAACGGCAGCAUCGAGCGGCCAGUGUCCGGAGCCAGGCGACUACGCCAAAUGCUGAACGAUCCAUCUAAGACAGUAGUAGCCCCUGGAGUCUACGAUGGCAUCACGACCAGGCUGGCCUUAGCUCAAGGCUUUGAAUGUCUCUACAUGACUGGGGCAGGCACAAGCAUGUCGCGACUCGGAAUGGCAGAUCUCGGCCUGACAACCUUCACGGACAUGCACCAGAACGCAGCCAUGAUAGCCUCGAUCGAUCCUAAGGUCCCCGUCAUCGCUGAUGCAGAUACGGGUUAUGGAGGCCCCAUCAACGUAGCCAACACAGUCAGAGCAUAUGCGAGAGCUGGAGUUGCUGGUCUCCAUAUCGAAGAUCAAGUCCAGGAGAAGCGCUGUGGUCACCUGAGCGGCAAACUCCUGGUCUCUCGCGAAGUCUACUACAACCGUCUACGAGCGGCAUGCAAAGCACGAGACGAGAGCGAAAGCGAGAUCAUGAUCAUCGCACGCACCGAUGCUCGAGCCGGUAAAGACGCAGAAGGCAACGGCGGCUUCGAGGAAGCUACUUUGCGUCUGACCCAGGCAGCUGAAAUCGGCGUCGACGCCUUCUUUUUCGAGGCCAUCCAAAGCGAAGAAGAAGCGAAGCAAGUCAUCGAGCGUCUCCCCAAAAUUCCUGUCCUGCUAAAUAUGGUCGAGGGCGGAAAGACGCCACUCAUGACCACCGCUCAGGCGAACAAGCUCGGCUUUCGCAUUGUCAUCUGGCCAAUCACUGGGCUUGAGGCUGUGGUUGCCUCGGUCAAGCACGCAUACCAGACGCUGCAGAAGACUGGUAUGACGCCCGAAGGGCCUAAAUUGGGGCCGCAAGGACUGUUUGACCUGUGUGGGCUGAAGGACUUGAUGGCGUUUGAUGAGAGUGUUGGUGGUAAAGCGUAUAGUGGCAGCUAG